AUAGGGAUUGGAUUCGGGUGGGAAAAGAAAAUGGUGGAUUCGACGAUGGAGAACGGGAUGAUGGGGUUGGACCCCGAGGGAUACACGGCGUCGAGGUUGCAUCAUUCGACGCCUGAGCAUUUGCAUGUCACGUCGCGACGGUUUUUUGUUGGUCCUAUACCGGAAGGCUGGCUUAAGACGCAUCGCCGCGACUGGUAUAAGCACCACCUGCACAUCAACUACUCGUCCAAAUCCGCAUCCUUUACUUCGUCCUCUGAUCGCCGCACCACCAAAAAUCGACGCUUGACGGGUCUCGACGGACCGAGUUCCUCUGCGCUAUUCCAGCGGAGUUUUCCGCAGCCCGAGGAUUGUGACGACGAUGAUGACGAUGCAGGGUUGCAGAACCGUGAGGCGAGGGCCGAGAGUGCGCGUGGAAUUUCGAAUGGAGACGCGGCUGCGGAUACAGAUGCGCAUGCGCGUGCGUCUUCGGGAUUGAGCAUAUCGCUGCCGGAGGGGCAGGUGACCCACAAGCAGGUGGUUGCAUCGCCAGAGAGCGACGUCUUUGUGGAUGCUGAGUCGGAGCCUGAGACUUCGGAUGAUGGGGAAGAUGGAGAUGAGGGGUUGAAGGUUUACACACACCAGGAAGAAGCAGAUGCUCCGCUCGAGGAGCCUGCGGCACCUGCUCCGCGACCUCCUGCAAGAACCCAGUCAUCCACAAAGUCCUUCGUCACCGCAUCCUCGAUGCCCGGAGUUAUAGAACCGAGCGACUCCAGUUCAGAAGAAGCUAGCGAACGGCCAGAUGAAGAGGAGAUCAAUACAGCAGACGAGGGCAGCUCGCAUCAACCCACUAAAGACGACCAGACCAAGGCACCUGGUGCAAUGGUAAUCGAAACACAACCAGCAGAGCAGGCACCUGGCCGUUUCGAUCCAAAGGUCCGCCUCGAAUCCAAAGCACCACAGGCCCGCGGGAUCCUCACCAAAAUUCGUGGCUUGUCGGAAAACGAAGGGUUGUCGUCAGAGCCAUCCUCACCAAAUGAUGGAGCUGGGGAAUCCAUAUCCCGCAGGAGAUCUAAUCUUCGAAAUCUGGUCAAAUUCGACAUCCCCGAGGACUCGAAGCGCGCUACCAUCCAUUUGCGAGCCAAGCAGGCCCAGAUGACAGUCCAGCGAGCCUCGACCAAGCUGAAGCGCCGCAAGAUCAAGGAUGGCCUGGUGGUGAAGAUGGAGCGCAUGCUGAUCCGCGUUGAUUCUACGGCUGGAGAUAUCCCGGAGGACUUUGACGAAAAUGCAGCACAGAAGAUCGAGUCGAGGGUCAAGGAUAAGUGGCGCGAGUACAUGGUCGUGUGCAGACACAGCUCUUCGGACGACGCAGAGUUUGUGCUGCAGAUGUACAAGACGCGGGUAAUACCCGAGAUCGAAAGCCCGGAUGCAAGCAAACGUGCCGCUUAUCAGAUCCCGCUCGGUCGUAAAAUCAGCAGAGUCAAUCUGUAUUCGUCAUUAGACAAGUCCGUCGUGGUCUGGAUGCCAAGCUCACGUGGCACACGCAUCUUCAUCAUGCAGGGGCGCACUUCGUCCAAUGCUGUCGAGUGGUACACGUUUCUCCGUAACAUUAUGGGCUGGCGGCGCUCUUCCCAGCUUCAAGUCCAGGUGCCAGAUAUGAGUGUCAGCCUGAACAUUGCGGAUCCUUUCAAGAGCCUGGAGGAGUCGCAGAUGGAAGCUCAGGAGGCCUCCGACUCUGACAACGAAGAAGCCAUUAUCAAAACCAUGCAGGAGGAACAAGCUGUCGCGGAGAGGCUGAUACGAACGUGCCUAGAGCAGCUCGGGGAUGCGCCGGAAUGGGCCGAUGUCUUGAACUCGUGGACUAACAACAACCGCAUGGGCCUUGCGUGGAAACGAUACGAUCGCCUGGAAUGGAUCCACGGCGCGAAUGAACGUAAAAUGUACGGCACCAUCGCCAUGUCCAAGAGCCACGAUCUCGAGUUGAGGCCAAAGUCGCAUUACCCUACCACGGCCGUCACGCGUAAGAAGCACAAGACAUUGACCGAACCCGUCCCUAUCGAAGGGUUUCUGGUCCGAUUGACUAGUCAACGAGGUCAGGCAAAGAGACUAGGUCUGAUGUUUCACAAACAGCUUUACUUUUCUUCGCACGAUGAGUUUCUCAUCUUCUCAAGACCUACCAACGCCACACCACCGCCGCCCCCGAAACUUCGAAGCAUGGUGAGUGGCAGAGGCAGAGCAAAUACGGCAGGUAGCGGAAUCUCAGCUGCAUCACUCGCGGAGAAUGCUCCAGAUACGUGGGAAAUCGAUCCGUACCCCGUUCGCGAUGGGCAAGUAGAGUGGCUGAGGGAAGGUCAUACCGGCACCCCCGAGUCCACGCGCCUCCACGACGAAGAAGCCGCGGACGAAGCCGCCAGAAAAGCGACCAACCUCCUCAACUGUGACGGCUACAUCAACCUCGCUCACGUGCUCAAAGUCCGCAAAGCGAAGCGCGGCGCAACCGCUGCCGACGCAAACCUCGACUCGGGCUCCGACGUCGACUUUGACGACAUCCACGACUCGGACGCCGGUGAAGACGGUCUCACCUCAGACCUCGACCUCGACCGCACCUUUGAACUCGUCAUGCGCAACGGCCUCAUCAUCCGCCUCCAAGCCGCCGACCCGCCCCGUCGCAAGCUCUGGACCAAACACGUCCGCGCGCUAUCCAAGUACUGGAAGUUCCGCACGCAAGCCGACAUUGCGCUCCUCCAAACCACACGGGCGCGCAACCUGUCUGCCCUCAACAUCGACGAGGAAGGCGAAGCGCACAUUGGCCAGUUCGCCAAGAAAUGGGAAGUCACGCAGUCGUACGCGUCGCCGCUGCUCUACAACAUGUGCGGCAUCGCCGCCUGCCGCUCCAUCCACCUCAGCGGCACUUUAUACCGCAAACCGCGCAUCCACGCCCCCUUUACGCGGUGCUCGGUCCUCCUCGCCGCGGGGACCCUGCUCGUCUUCGCCGACACGCUGCGCUCGUCCACGGGCAAACCGCUCGAUCACAUCCACCACGAGCGUGUCGCGAACCUCGAUCUAAGCAAAGGCUGCUACGUCUACUCGGGCCUCGUCACCGAAACCGACCUGCUCUACCAGAACCAAACCUUUGACAACAACAAACCGGGCCACCACGCUCUCCCGCGCAUCUACCUCGACGACGGCGGCUGGACGAGCUCCGACGAGGACGUCAUGACUACGUUUGUCGUGUGGUAUGGGAAGAGCAAGAGCUGGUUUCGCAGCAGCGGCUACGAAGAAGCUCACGGCGCUCCACCCGAUCCUACUAAUACUUCUGGAAAUGCAGAUCACAAUGGUGCUGGUUCUAAUAUUGCCACUGCUGCUACUGCAGGCAGGAAAGGAGAACAACCCCGCAAAGAAGGCAAACGCGGGAAAUUGAAGAGGGUUGCUAAGCUCGGGAGUACGGGUCGCAGUCUGGUGUUUCGGGCUAGGAGUCGCGCCGAGAGGGAUCAUUGGGUCCUUGCUGUCAGGAACGAGAUUGAGCGGUGUUGUGGGAUCGGUGGGGCGCUGGGGGCUUCUUGCGGUGUUGGUGGUGGGAUAGCGGGAGCUGUGGGUGAUGGGGAGGAUGUUAGGAUUGAAGGGUAAUGGGUUGGGAAGUGUGUGUUGUGUGGGGUGGGAGGGAGGUUGGUGGGAUGGAGGUGGGUUGGAGGUGGGUUGGUGGGCGGGAGUUGGGAGCGUGGGGGAGAGGGACAUUCUUUUCUCCCCCCCUACUUGACUCUUAUUUUUUUUAUUUCCUCUCCCUUCUUCUUUUCUCUUUCUUCUAUUCCGCGGUUUAUCAAUUGUUGCAGUAAGGUAGUAGUAAUAUAUAUCUAUCCCCUAAUGCACAUCGCGCGCGCCCUAUGUAACAAAUUACACUUUUACUUUCUCUUUUCUCUAUUUCUUGUGUUACAUUUCUUUUUCCUUUCUUUUCUAUUAUCUAUAGUAGCUACUCCUCUUUUUAACAUUUUA